AUGUUCCCAAUGAAAGGAAUGCAUAAGAAGUUCAAGGCGUCCUAUCUUCCUGGAGACAUCAAGUCUGGGGAUAAACUAGAUUCGGCACUGACAAAAUUCUUUGUACGACACGGGCUUGCAAACAGGGUACUAGACAGCCAAUACUUCAAGGAAGUACUGAGUGCAGUACGCGCUGCACCAAAUCACCCAAUAAUCAAUAGACACAAGUAUUCCGAAAUAUAUGUACCUCUAGAGACGAAAAAAGCUAAAGAAGAAAUCACAACGUUGUUUGUUAAGCUAAUGCCAGUAACGAGUGCUACAAUUUCGAUAGAUGGUGCCACAGUGCACCAAGAACAACUCAUGAAUGUGGUUACUAAGUUGGCUGAUAGGUACGACCCCAUCAUGUGGAUACUACUGGUAAUAUGA